CUCUCUGAGGCUCAGACAGCGUGAUGUGAUUAAAGUUAUCGUCUAGAUCAGUGAGGAGCAGAUGUGACAUCACAGCAUCACAGGGGCUCAAAGGAAACCCGCUGGUUUAGACCAUGUUAUCUAGUGUGACUGAGUCUGGAUCCAGAUCUGGAUGAAUUUGACCCAGAUGAAGGUUUUGCUGGAUGAGUUCAGCAGAGCGGGUUCAGAGGGUUCUGAGGGUUCUGAGGGUUCUGAGGGUCCACAGGGUCCAGAGGGUCCAGAGGGUCCAGAGGGUUCAGAGGGUCCAGAGGGUUCUGAGGGUUCUGAGGGUCCACAUGGUCCAGAGGGUUCAGAGGGUUCAUUGGGUCCAGAGGGUUCUGAGGGUUCUGAGGGUCCACAUGGUCCAGAGGGUCCAGAGGGUCCAGAGGGUUCUGAGGGUUCUGAGGGUCCACAUGGUCUAGAGGGUUCUGAGGGUCCAGAGGGUUCAGAGGGUUCAGAGGGUCCAGAGGGUUCAGAGGGUUCAGAGGGUCCACAGGGUCCAGAGGGUCCAGAGGGUUCAGAGGGUUCAGAAGGUUCAGAGGGUUCAGAGGGUCCAGAGGGUCCAGAGGGUUCAGAGGGUUCAGAGGGUCCAGAGGGUCCAGAGGGUUCAGAGGGUCCAGAGGGUUCAGAAGGUUGAGAGGGUUCAGAGGGUUCAGAGGGUCCAGAGGGUCCAGAGGGUUCAGAGGGUCCAGAGGGUCCAGAAGG